AUGGUCAGGGAAAGUGAUCCUUCUUUAAUAUUUUCUCCCAUCAAAAUACAUUCUCAUGUGGGAAGUAGCGAGGCAAGCACGGUUGAGGGGGAUAUACUUUUUCGUUCUGCAAAUUGUUCCUCGGAUAUGUUGGGGAAAAGGCCGAGCACUCCUACAGAGAGAAUUUUGUCUUUGGACUUUCAAGAUAAAUGUCUUAUGAAUGCUGUUGAUUAUAGACCAUUAUCGCCAUCGGCAUCGGCAUCGAUAUCGAUAUUUCCUUCUCCCCCCUCUCCAAUCGGCUAUAAAGAAACCCGAACUGCAUUUAUUUCGGCCAAAAAAGUCAAUAUCGAAGCAUUAAACGAAAGUUCUCAACCAUCUUGCACACUUGCCAAAAAGGGGGCGUCAAAUGGGACUGAAAAGGCUCAAAAUUCACGCGCGACAUUACGUCCAUACCCAACGCUGAAAAAGCAAUCUUCUAGAUUAUCAGCAGAUCGUGUCUCAGCUAGCAAAGACGAUUUGCCUAUCAAAGCAUUUAAAGCGAUUCCUGUACCCAAAGGCAUUUACAAUGCACCCCCGAGAGGAAUUCCUGCAAAGGUAGUUCGGCCGUCAACGGUUCCAAAGUCUCCCCAAUUUUUGUCUCGAAAAAAACCCCUGAAUAUUAAUGAAAGACCUGCCGAUACGCAAGCCUGCGCAACAGAGGCGGUCUGUUUAAGACCGUCACGCCCUCGUGCAAUUGACCAUGGUAGCGUGGCGAAAAAAAAUACAAAAGAGCCGGCUACAUCAUGCCGUUCACUUGAGAUGCCUGGCUUCAUAUUUAAAGCAAAGCCGGCACCAAAGGUUGCCCCGUUUGUACCCAAAAAAUCGACAAAGCCCUUAACUGUGGGUAUUGCGCCUCAAUUUUUGACCGAACUAAAAAAACAUUCGACCCCUACUUUGAGAUCCUCGGCCUCUUCAACGUCGAGAUCGUCCUUUGAAUCAUAUUCAAAGGCAUCGACCGAAAGGAAACACUCGGAUGUGACCCGGCCAGUUUCAAUUAAAUUUUUUACCGAGGAGCGGGCUUCGAUUAGGCAGAACACAAAGCUAUCGAUAGAAGAAGCCCCAGCAUCCGCCCAAAGGAAGAAGAUCCAAAGAAUAUGCUAG